AUGGACAACUUCAUGAACAUGACUAAGGAUCUCGGGCACAAGCCCGAGCUGCAGCGCUUGGUUUCCUUGGAUGCCACCUAUGAUGAUGCCUUAGGUGGUAAACUCGUGGUGGCCCCCAUCAAUAUGAAUGAGCCAGGCAAGAGGAUCCUCGACUCCGGAACUGCUGAUGGUACCUGGCUGCGCGGUGUACGUAGCAAGCAAUCAGCCCAGCACCACUACUUUGGUAGCGACGUUGAAGGCGAGCUAUUUCCCGAGGACACAGACGGUAUCACGUAUUUCGCACAUUCCUUUAAGGACCCAUGGCCUGAGCAGUACUUGGGCACUUUCGACCUUGUCCACGUCCGAGGUAGUCUGGCAGGCUCCGCUCCCGAAGGACCUGCCCCCGUGAUCAAGAAUCUUACCACGCUGGUAAAGCCUGGAGGUUGGGUCCAGCUCAUGGAAAUGAAUGGCUCCAGUCCGCCCAAGAACGGCCCUGCCAUGACCGACUUUGCCAAGAUGGCCUCUGAGCUCUUCGCUGGCAUCGGGGUCGGCGACUUUGCCAACAAUAACAAGCACAUGUUGGAAGCAGCCGGCUUGAAGAACGUGCAAGAGAAGCGUGUCAUUGUCAACUUGGGCAAGAAGGCAAAGCCUGAGUUCUUUGAUAAGAGUAUCCAUGGAGUCACUGGACCCCUUGUGCCGUUAACCUCUGUGGCGAAGGCUGUGCCGUCGUCGUUUACCGUCGAGCAGAUUGAUUCGUUGCCGGCGCGUGUCAAGGCAGAGCUUGAGAACGAGGGUGGCCAAGUUGAGAUGAUCAUUGCGUUUGGCCAAAAGGCUUGA